AGGUAACUUAGGUUGCAGGGAACAUGCCAGUCAGGGAAUAGACUAACUCGGGAAAUAUAAAAUAAUAACUCAGGGAAUUGAUGCAAAGUCGGUAAAAUAAGGCUAAAAAUGCUCCCGGACGCUUACGGGUGCGCUGUGGCGAACAGGUACGGGGAUCUCCUCGAUGACGAGGCGGACCCUUUCGACCUGAUCAGCAAAGUGGAAAUGGAGAAGGAGAAAAAGAAGAAGAGUCAAGACGGGGAGAAGAAAGGCAAGCAGAAGAAAUCUGGUCAGAAGGAAUCGCAGAAGGAGAGACGCGUUCAUGUUGGGUCGGAAGUUCAAGACCCGGCUCCAGUUCGUCAGCAGCAGGUGCUUCCUGGACCAGUGAAAGAGAGGGCAGAUGGGAGAGAGGAGGCCUAUGGGGGCACAAAGAGAGCUGCCUUUGGGGAGCGUUGGGCCAACAAAGAAGAGUAUCCACAGGAGUUUUCCAUCUCAAGACCAUCCUAUAAUGCAGACUCCGACCCCAGGGGCAGAGGGGGGAACAGAGGUAGGAGAGCAGGAGGAGGUGGAGGUGGAGGUGGAGGAGGAGGAAGAGGUUUUGGUGGUGGUGGUGGAGUAGGAUACUCGAGGAACUCUGACAACUAUGACCUCAGGGGCAAGAGAGAAUAUGAUCGACAAAGCGGAACAGGAAUCUCUCCUGAAGAAAAGAGAGGAGGCAGAGGACCCUGGAACUGGGGCAGUGCUGAAGAAACUGCAAGAAAUGAGUCCAUGGAGGUGAUCCCCCAUACACUCGUCAAAUCUGAGGAGCCUCAAACGCGUGCGAUGGAAGAGAAUCGAGCGAUGGAAGAAGAGAAUGGGGAAGUGCUGGUCCAGGUUGCCAUGGAGAUGACCCUGGACGAGUGGAAGGCUCUGCAGGAGACGAGUCGUCCCAAAGCAGAGUUUAAUAUCCGCAAAUCUGAGAACCAGAUUCCCUCCAAAGCCAAAGUCAUCCACCAGUCAAAGCGCGUGGAGACUGUGAAGGAGGGGACCAUUGAAGAAGUGGAGGAUGAGGGCAACUUCCUCCGCAGGUCUGUGAAUGACAUCACCUCCCUUCUGGACAUCAACUUCGGGAGCCUUGGACGUCCCAGUCGUGGGGGUCGGGGACGGGGAGCAAGAGGUGGCCCGGCUAACCUCCCAGAGAGAGCCAAACCCAUACUGGAGAGGGAAGAUGAUCUGGCUCCAAACCCUGAUGACCCAGAAGACUUCCCAGCACUAUCGUCAGGAAGAUAACUGAAUUAACUUCUGGUUUACCUCCGGUCGAGUUUACAGGCUGCACGACACUUGCUUAAAAAAAAACCACUUCAUGUUUCUGCUGUUCUUGAGGUUUUGGUUUUAUUGUACUUCACUUGUUGUAUUGCACAAAAGACAGUUCAGCAUUUAACUCCUGGAGAAUAAAUGCUUUGGCAAGUU